AUGCUCUUCAACAAGUCCAUCUUCGCCGUUGCCGUUAUGGCUCUGGCCAACGUCGUGACUGCCACUACCGUGCAGACCCCCGCCUGUGUUCUCAAGAUCAUCGGCAACCAAGCCAACCCGGCCGAUUCGAAGGCUAUCUGCGGCUCGAGCGCCAGCAAGAUCCAGGCCGAUAUCUCCAAGCACUGUGCCGAUAGCGAGGCCUCCCUGAAGUUCUUCGCCAGCAACUGCGCUCAGCUUGGCCACAAAGUUGUGACUGUUUCCACUACCUCUACCGGCACUUCUGAGAGCUCCACCGCCACCGGCUUCGUCACCGCUGUCACUAGCACUCAGACUGGUGCCACUGCCACCAAGACUGAUUCCUCUGCCGCCACUGGCACUGGCUCUGGCUCCAGCCCUGCCGCCACUGGAACAGGAGCCAGCACUGGCUCCGGCUCCGGCUCCGGUAGCGCUGCUUCCCCUAGUUCGACCUUCAACGCCGCUUCGUCCGACCGCCAGUUCUCCUCGACCACAUUUGUUGCCGCCAUUUUCCUCGGCGCUGCUGCUUUGCUGUAA